AUGAACGUGCUGGGCAGAAGAUCAGCCAGGAGGUGGAAAUGGGGUCUCCUGUGCUGUGCAGCGCUCCUGACCAUCUUGGGCCCCAGGGUCACCGGUCAGGCCCCAACCAUCAACUUGGACCGCUUCAUUGGCUGUGCUGUGAGAGAAUUUACCUUCCUGGCCAAGAAGCCUGGCUGUGGAGGCCUGCAUAUCACCACCGAUGCUUGCUGGGGGCGCUGCGAGACCUGGGAGAAGCCAGUUUUAGACCCGCCCUUCAUAGAGUCCUACCAGAGGGUGUGCACAUACAACGAGACCCGCCUGGUGACCGUCAAGCUUCCAAACUGCUCGCCUAAGGUCAGCCCCUUCUACACCUAUCCAGUGGCCCUGCGCUGCGACUGCGGGAUGUGCGUCACCAGCACUACCGAGUGCAUCACCUCCGUCUGA